AUGUCGAAAUCACGCGCGGUGGUGAAGUUUGGUGGCGACCAAUCGAAGGAGAGGGUUUCCUUCCGAAAUUUCUUUGAUGUGCUGAAUCAACGGCACAGCAACGUGUCCGUCUCAGGCCUGGCGGUGACCCUCUUGUUCGAGUUGCUCUCCAUAUCCAUUUAUGUGGAGGCAUCUUUCUACGCCCAUCCAACGUCGAUAUACGAUUUCAACUGGAAAACCGGCCGGUUCAUUACCGUAGCGAUCAUCAACGCUAUAUUCUUUUCGGAGUGGAUCGUAAUGCUCUGGGUAGAGGAGCAGAAGGUGAGGUAUUGCCUUUCUUUGUUGUCAAUCGUAAAUGCCCUGACGUGCUUGCCAAUGGUUAUUGUGGGUAUUGGUGCAAUUGUCAAGCCCACAUGGCAAAGCGUAUGGGUGCCCCUGUUUCUCCGCGUGUGGUGGCUGCGCAAAUGCAUUUUAGUCCUGCUCGACUAUCCGCAGGUUGCGAAGUGGAUGAUGGACAUAAGACGCGAUAUCUGUCGUUUCUUGAUUACCAUGCUUGCCGUCCUCUCCACGUGUGUUGGUAUACAGCAGUUUGUGGAGACCUUGGCUGGGAAUUACAUGGAUCCGUUUUCGUCUCUCUACUGCAUGGUCACCACUUUUGGGACGAUUGGGUACGGUGACGUAUCGCCGCAAACGGCACCGGGUCGGUUCCUUAUGAUUGGCUUUCUUGUCGUGGCCCUCAGUUAUUUCCUGCCCCUGUUCCAGCGGUUGGCACAAAUUGGUCGAGACCACCUGAACUAUAAUGAAUGUCACUCGUGUUGGGGAAGGAGGCCGCACGUCAUAUUCUCCGGUAUUUUCACGGGGCUUGGGGCAGAAAUCAUAUUGAUGAAUUUCUACGCCGGUUGGAGGAAGUACCUUGGUGUUAGAGUGGUACUUCUUUCUCCUGUCGACUUUCCUCCGGAGGUGAGGCUGUUGGCCGACAUCCCUUGGCUCAGGAACCGCGUUGUACUCAUGAUUGGAGAUUCAGCUAAGCAGGUGGAUCUCAUACGGGCUGACGCCGCGAACGCCGAGGCUAUUUUCUUGUUCGGUGACACGGGUUCGGCAGCUUAUCAUGCCGAUUACCAGGUGAUACAACAAUCACUUGCCAUACGCCAGUUCGAUCCCGAACUCCCUCAACAUCUGUACCUUCGAAGCGAGCGACAUACCCGACACGUGGCGUCCUAUGCUGCCAGUGUAGUGGAGGUUGAGAGACUGUUGCAUCACUUGUUGGGGCUCGGUGCUGCGGUCCCCGGGGCUGUACCCUUAAUAAUGAACCUUCUCCGAACGUACGAACCACUCAAAGUGAAGGGUACAGCUUCACGUCCGUGGAUAGAGGAAUAUGAGUGGUCGCUGCAAAAUGAUAUCCACUGUUUGGAGAUGCAGCAAACGUUCAGAGGUUAUAGUUUCCACAGUUUGGCAAGGCUGCUCCUCCAGCACAACGUCACGCCCAUAGGCAUUAUCGAUGAAAACGGCGAGGUGCAACUCAACCCGCAUAGGAUAUCCUCUUCUGCAGUCAAACUUGUUGUAGUUGCCAAAGCCCUUCGGUCCGCCAGGAGUGCACUGGAGGCUGCGGAGGAAGCGCACUCUCAGACCUCAUUUGGAGAACAUACGGGUGAGGUGGAGGGAAAAGAACCAUGCAUCUACGGAAUGGACCGCGAGGCGGCUGCCGGCGCAUACUACACCUCCGAUUUUCCCGGUCGGGAGGCCAAAAGUGGAGUUGAGGCGCUGCAGCUUGUGGAUGAUGCCUACGACUUCGAGAAUCAUUUUGUGGUUAUCGACCUCUCGAUGGCAAAAGCGAAGGCACCAGAAACAGAGGGGGCGCGAGAGGGAUCCCUCAGCUCAGCUGCCAUGGAUGUCUUCCAUGUGAUGCGUUCCAUCCGGCAGUCGUAUCCACAAAACGAUAUUGUCUUGCUAACGAAAGACACCUCCUUCUCCGCCUACUUUGGGCGCUAUUGGAAUUCGGUCCCGGGUGCCAUUCCAGUGAAAUAUAUCGAUGGCUGCGGAUUGAACGCAAACGACCUCAGACGUUGUAACCUCAAGCGCAGCGCAGGUAUCAUCAUUUUUUUUUCUGGGGACAUUGGGGGUGCCUCUACUGGUGGACUCUCCCUUUUGGUCUUUCUUUCGGUUGCGUCCAUUCUUCCUUCGUCGCAUAACAUACCCGUUGUGGUGGAACUGGACAGCACGCAGUAUCUCUCCCUCUUUCCACCAUAUGCCGACGACCCGUAUCUGUGCAGCAGGGCCGAAUCUGAUUUUGUAUUUGAACCCAACUAUGUUAUCGGCAACGCCUUAAGUAGGCAUAUGUUUUUCCCAUCUGUACACCGUACUUAUUUUAUGGACGAAUUCGUUGACAUUAUUGACAUGAUGGUUAGUGGUGUGGAUGAAAGGACGCCGUCACUCGGUCGGCUCCCGUUGCUCUUCACCACUGACUCGUUACACAUUUAUCAGGACGUAGUUGAAUACUGCCUCAAACUCUGUUAUCUACCGAUUGGUUUGCACCGUUGCAUCUCGGACCCGGAAACCCCGUAUAUCAACGGCCAACGUUUUGUGCUCACAAACCCACCGGGGGAUUUGAUUGUUGAUCAGAAAUGCGAUGCCGUUUUCUACCUUCUACCGGCUAGUUGA